GCCGCCCGCCCGGGAGACAUGGCGGCCGAGAUCCACUCCAGGCCGCAGAGCAGCCGCCCGGUGCUGCUGAGCAAGAUCGAGGGCCACCAGGACGCCGUCACGGCCGCGCUGCUCAUCCCCAAGGAGGACGGCGUCAUCACCGCCAGUGAGGACAGAACCAUCCGAGUAUGGCUGAAAAGAGACAGUGGUCAGUAUUGGCCCAGCAUUUACCACACAAUGGCCUCUCCCUGCUCUGCUAUGGCCUACCAUCACGAUAGCAGACGGAUAUUUGUGGGGCAGGAUAAUGGAGCCGUGAUGGAAUUUCAUAUUUCUGAAGAUUUUAAUAAAAUGAACUUUAUCAAGACCUACCCAGCUCAUCAGAACCGGGUGUCUGCGAUUAUCUUCAGCCUGGCCACAGAGUGGGUGAUCAGCACCGGCCACGACAAGUGUGUCAGCUGGAUGUGCACCCGCAGCGGGAACAUGCUCGGGCGGCGCUUCUUCACUUCCUGGGCUUCGUGCUUACAAUAUGACUUUGAUACUCAGUAUGCUUUUGUUGGUGAUUAUUCUGGACAGAUCACCCUGCUGAAGCUUGAACAGAACAUCUGUUCAGUUAUCACAACCCUCAAAGGACAUGAAGGUGGUGUCACCUGCCUCUGGUGGGACCCUAUUCAACGGUUACUCUUCUCUGGAGCAUCUGACAACAGCAUCAUCAUGUGGGACAUUGGAGGAAGGAAAGGCCGGACGCUCUUGCUUCAGGGCCAUCAUGACAGGGUGCAGUCGCUGUGUUACUUGCAGCUCACGAGGCAGCUCGUCUCCUGUUCCUCGGAUGGUGGAAUUGCAGUGUGGAACAUGGAUGUUAGCAGAGAAGAGGCUCCACAGUGGUUAGAAAGUGAUUCUUGUCAGAAAUGUGAGCAGCCUUUCUUCUGGAAUAUAAAACAGAUGUGGGACACAAAGACACUGGGAUUGAGACAGCAUCACUGCAGGAAGUGCGGGCAGGCUGUCUGUGGGAGGUGCAGCAGCAAGCGCUCGAGUUACCCGGUCAUGGGCUUCGAGUUCCAGGUCCGGGUUUGUGAUUCCUGUUAUGACUCCAUCAAAGACGAAGAUCGGACUUCUCUAGCAACCUUUCAUGAAGGAAAACAUAACAUUUCCCACAUGUCUAUGGACAUUGCUAGGGGACUGAUGGUGACCUGUGGGACCGAUCGUGUUGUAAAGAUAUGGGACAUGACACCUGUGGUGGGCUGCAGUCUGGCAACUGGGUUUUCUCCACAUUGAUCCGGGAGCUGGGCGACGUCUGCACCUUACGAGCAGCAACCUCCACCAAAUGAAGUCCUUCCCAUGUAGAGCCACAGUCACUGUCCCGUGAAUGGACAGUAGCCACUUAAAAACAAGUCAACAUUUUUAAAAAGAAAAAAGUGGAGAGGUGUAUUUUGGGGUACUAGUGGAACUUCCCUAUGGGGAUGAAUAGGGAAAAGGUUGGUCUAUAGUGGUUUCCUGAGGAACGGAAUUACUUCAGUGAAACUUCCUCACGAACAGCGAGCUAAUGUGGAAGGAAAGAGUAAUCUAGCAAAUGACAGUUGUAGAGGGGAAGAAAUUGAACAAAAAUGUUAAUGCCUAGAACUUUCUUAAAGCUGUCCCAAGUACAAACACACUUCCACUCAGAUGAGCGGGCUUUCUGAGGGCUCCUGUGCUCUCUGUCAUUGGAGCAGGAUUUGGGAGGAAGGAGGACUUGUCCUCUCUUUCUUGAGGGGUGGCACUAGGAACUGAAGAAACCAGAGAUCUCUCCUUUAGCGUUGGCGGUAUGUGAACAUUCCCUGCACUUAGUUAUUGAUGAGCAUCUUAAAGACGCCUGCUCUCUUCAGGUCGUGUGUCAUCUGCAUUUAGUGUUUGGCUUGCUUCACUGUCUCUCUUCCCAGCCAGUGUGCUGUUGGUGGACCUUUGCAGCUGUUUUUAAGUCAGUCGUGAAAUUUCUAUAAUAACCAAGGCAGCCCACAGUCUUCCCUUUCCCCCAAAUGUGCUCUGAGGACAAAACUUUUUUAUGGUGCUGUUAACAUGGGAGUUGCACGGACCGCCUGACUUUCUCUCACUGCAGUUAGUAAUGACUAAUGGAAGAUCCAGCUACCAGCGUGAUCGUGAUGGGAAAUGAUAAGUCUGUUCCAUGGAACAGCUCAGUCCUCCUAAUGGACACAUUCUAUUUGUAGUUCCAAAAUGAACCCCUGCAAUAGUGUGGAAAUUUAAUACACUCCUCAGAAAAGUGCUCCAAAGCUUUUAAACUGUGUUGACUUUUAGUUGUAACUAGUAUUAUUCAUAUUUCAUAGAAAGAAAUUGGUGACCUGGAGCUGUGAUCGUCAAUCAGGUCUUGCACAGUGAUUCCCAGCUUAUAAAUUGCUUUCCUAACAACUAGCAAAAUUCGUUGUUUUGGCAUUUUUCUUUUCUUUUUUUUUGGUGACUGGCUGGUACAGGGAUCCGAACCCUUGACCUUGGUGUUACCAACACCGCCCUCUAACCAACUGAGCUAACCGGCCAGCCCCAUAAUGGCAUUUUUAAAGCCUUUGGCCCCUGAGUACGAGGAUGAAGAAGAGAUGGGGAACGGGGAACCUAUUUUGUAAUAUUCAAAUAUUUAUGUGUGUUUUUUGGACAAUAGUACACAUGUCUAUUACUUAAGAGCUGUGGAAUUGAGUGGAGAAGGGUCUACUUUUUAAAAGGACAAUGUAAGAAUAGGUAGAAACAGUGUCUUUGUUAGCCUUACAAAUGGAUAUUGAUUAAAAGAAAAAACAGUACUGCACCACUGUGUUAGGAUCAUAUCAAGAUUACAUGGUCAUCCUGUAUGAUAAAACUAAGGGACUAAAUCUAUGUUAGGACUAUGUCUUAGCAGGACUAAAAAGUUUAAGCCAGGCAGUUAAACUAAGACGUGUUAGUGGUUGUGUGACACAAAUAAUAAGGAAAGGAAAAGGAGGUCAGGAACAUCAUGCUCUGGAAUGAUCUGCAUUAAAAGUUUGUCUUCAGAAAUAAGUCUGAAGGAUUUUGUUGCUCCUUAUAAUUUUUUGUGUUGUAUCACCUGGUAAGGAUGUUUCUUUUAAAAACUUUCCCCAGACCCUUUGCAAAAUGUAUAUUACUAAUUUAGUUUGGAAGAAGAAUUGAGUGAUGAUAACUUUUAAACCACAACGUUAAAAGCUUCAUAUAUUAACUUUAGUUUAGUUAAUGGUUCAGCCCAUGUAAAGGUGCUAUCCUGGGGAUUUUAUUAAGUCUUGCUGAGAGAAUACUUGCUGAGAAUACUCCGUACCUUUCAAACUUUAUUUUAAAACUCUGGAUGAAAAAUCCUGUGUUCCAUAGAGGGCAGAAGUUGUUAUAGUGCCUCCUAAGGGGUUUAGUAAAUAUAAAUCGAGGAGGAAAUUUGUAUUUAAGGAAGAUUUGGAGUGAGGUAUCUUAGAAAAGGAAAAGAGAAUAUUUCAGUAUAGUUUGCUCUCCACCUGAGUCUAUCAUUUUCUUUUUGAAAACAUACAUGCUAGUCUUGUCUGUAUUAUACGCUAGGUAGUCAAUGGGAUAGUAUUUUUUUAUAGAAGUGGGCAGAAAUUAUUUUCUCAAUUUUUGCUGACUAGGCACAGAAGGAAGAUACAAAUAGGCUUAUAGUUAUUGCCUUAUCUUGACUGCGUUUCUCUUAAAGCGCGUCAUUUAUAAUAGUUCUUCAAGUAACAGUUUACUGGUCUUUCCACUCCUAAAUACUCAAUCUAAUUUGUACAAAUAGUGAUUAAGAAGUACAGAAUAUUAGAAAAGAUCCUUAUAUUUAGAUCUAGUAUGUAUGUGAUAAGGAAAUGGCAAUUCUUCGUUAUAAACAUGUUUUUAAAUUGCCCUUUAUUAGUCCAAGUGAUAGCAAUACCCCAUAGCAUUAGGUAGAAACAAACUAUUCAUUAUAUUGUAAAUCUCUGUUUACUAUGUCCUAGUUCUGUCCUGCUACCUAGAGGAUAUGAGCAAAAAAUAUUGCUCUAGAAUGUGUCACUUUGUUCUCCCCUAAAAAAUUCAGUUUGUUAAUAUCUACAUUUUUACACUGUUGAAACUGACCCAGAUAUGUAAUAAAUACCACAGUAGCUGAGACCCAAGGAGAUAUUUUCUAAAAUCUAAAAUUUUCGGGGGGAGGGAAAGCAAAUAAAUAUAUAAAUAAUUAGAAUCAGUUUUCAUUGAAGUACUUUCCACUUCCAUUAUUGGAUCUGGUAUCUCUUAAAAUGUAAGAAACCAGUUACUAUUAGUGAUAAACCAUCUGUUCAUUAUAAAUGUGAGGUUUAACAAAUAAGUAAUACAUGCUAUAUUUAUUCAAGUGUCUAUUGCUUAAUUGUUAAUUGUGAGCAGGUUAUUGAAUGCCUACUCUAUUUUCUGCAGUUUACAGUAACUCUUUGAGUAAGUUGAAAUUUAAUUGUGCAACAGAUUUAUAUUAGAAUACAAUUUAAAGUGUUUUUCUCUAUAGCUUUUUUUGACAGGGGAAGCAAAGGGUAAUGUUAAUUAGUACAUUUUGUUCUCAUACUAGCUGUGUUUCUAUAAGAUAUGGUACACUGUGUAUCCCAGAGAGGCUAGAAAAUGUUGUUCUUUGCUCCUAUUUGUGGGUUCUGUUUUUGUGUUUUUUGGAGAAUAUGCAUACAAUAAAAUAUUCCUUGCUGGUUA